AUGCCACAGUCGCCAUCCGGGGUCGCUUCGGCGGCGGGUGCGCCUGGCGCGGCCAGCUCGGUGUCAGGCGCCGAGGGAAACGCGACGUCCUCCGCGCCACCAAGCAGUACAACCACCGCACCCGCGCCGCCAAAAUUGCGGAGUUGUGUGGUAUGCAGGUCUCGGAAGGUUCGCUGCAAUAAAGAGUCGCCAUGCGCAAACUGCCGCCGGGCCAAUAUUCCCUGCGUCUUCCCGUCUGCCGACCGCCCUCCGCGCUGGGCCCGGCGUCUUGAGCGCAUCACCAGCAAUGCCGCCGCAGGCGCUAAAGCGGGCAGCGAUGCCGAUCCGGCUACGGCUCAGGUAAUGGAGAGGCUGCGAAACCUCGAGGGGCUUGUCAAGGAGCUCAGUGGCCAGCUGGAACAAGCCCACUCAGCUGCGCAAUCCAACGCCGGUUCCGAGGGUAACUCGCCAGGCAACUCGGCACAUGGCCGCGAUGCAGACCAUGCAGCUGCUCCAUCUGGCCCAGGGUCUAGUAGUAUUCAGAAGCAGUUUGGGAGGAUGGUCAUCAAUGAUCCCAGCCGAAGCCGUUAUCUCCACGGACUCAAGAUGGACACUCGAGGCAUCCCUGGCGAUGAUUCCGACAGUUCAGAAGACGACGAGUCGUCCCCGGGGAAAACAUCUUCGACCCAGGAACUGGACCGGACGCCAGCAGAGCGCCAUGCCUUCUUAUUCCGGCACAACCUCAAUGCGAAUGGACCCGAUCUGCGUGACUUCGAACCCCUUCCCUCACAAGUCCCAUUCCUUCUGGAUAUAUUCUCAGAGAACGUCAACGCUGUGGCUCAGAUAGUACACAUGCCCACGAUAAGGAAGAUGGCUCGGUAUUCACGUGGCAAUGAUGCCUCAAACAAGACACUCGCAAAUCAAGCUUUGAUGUUUUCGAUCUACUACGCCGCAAUCACAUCAAUGGAAGACGAAGAUGUUUUGGGCAAUUUUGGUUCCACCAAGGCCGACCUCAAUAUGAAGUACCGCCUUGGACUAGAGCAUGCACUUGCUAAAGCGGACUUCCUGAAUGUGCCUGACACAGAAUUAGUUCAGGCAUUCGUGAUUUUCCUCAUGCUCAGCCGUCGGCAUGAUAGCCCGAGAUUUGUCUGGAUGAUGACAGGUUUAGUUAUUCGCAUGGCGCAAGCUCUCGGACUGCAUCGCGAUGGCACAAAUUUCCCUGACCUUUCACCCUUCGAGGUUGAGAUGCGUAGACGCAUCUGGUGGGCGCUCUGCAAUAUUGAUACACGCUCGUCGGAGGACCAGGGAACCGACAUGACCAUCAUUGACGGGAGUUUUGACACCAAGAUACCCACAAACAUUAACGACGAGGACUUAGGCCCGGACAUAAAAACUUUCCCGACGGCACGGGAGGGGCUCACUGAUUCGAGCUUCUCGAUUGUGUGGUCCGAGAUGAAUAUGAUUGCCCGGCGUAUGGCAGCGACCGGUCUUAAAGAUGGCAAUUUAGGGGACGUUGAUGUUCUUUCGAAUGCAAUGUUCGAGAUCCUAGAACGUGUGUGCGGCCAGUACUUAGAUAAGGAGGGAAAUAUGUUAUACUGGGCCGGCUUUGUUAUAGUGCGGCUAGUCAUUGCGAAGAUGACACUUCUGACACACAUGCCUGUCCUGUUCUCGGCACCGGACGCACACUCCUCCGACGAGAUGAGGAACAAACUGCUCGUGGCAGCUAUCGAGAUCGCUGAGCAUAAUCAUGCGUUGAACGCGGAACAGGCUGUCCGCCACUGGCGAUGGAUUUUCCAGACAUAUACCCACUGGUACGCGAUCGUCUACAUCUUGAUCGAGGUAUCUAACCGCCCGUGGUCGCCCACCGUCGAGCGCGCCUGGUCUGCUCUGCAAAGCCCGUGGCUGAUCCCGGCCCAAUCAAACGUGGACAAGAAUCUACGCAUCUGGGUGCCGUUGCGCAAGUUGAUGGCAAAAGCCCAAAAACAUCGCAUUACUGAGAUGGAUAGGCUGCGUGGCGAAUCGUGGAGUGUGCAGAAGCUGGAGGCCAUGGACCGCGAACAUCCGGUACCCGCAGUCGCGCCACCCUACUCUGCUGAGGCCGCCGCUGAUCUCUUCCGUGAGAAGUGGCGUAGGUUGAUACUUGAGAAUCAGCACAUUGGGAAUAACGCAUUGUCAGCUGGACAACCAACCAGAGAGGGCUCUGCAAUAUCAAGCUCAUCUCGAGAAAUGCCUGCAGGUCAGGCUCAGCGCGGCCUCCAGCCCCAAUACCUGGGCGACCCUCAAUUCACAAAUGCCAAACUCCAGCCAGAAUUCAUAUCUGCUGGACCAAGUCCAGUCGCGUCUGUCUCCGGUGUGGACAUGGCGCCUUCGAUGCCCUAUCACAGCACGACGCCGUUCAGCCAACCAGCAACUGCAGGGCUGUCCUAUGCGAUGGAGUGGGGUGACGGCCGUAGUGCGGCCCCCUGGUUAUGGGCUGAUACCGAUCCGACGGUGAACGUCUUCGAGAACUUGGAUGUCGACGCGAUGGAUAUCAACAUGGAUCUUGACAGCGAGGUUGAUUGGUAUACCUGGGUUGAAUCGGCGAAAGGCAUGGAGUGGAACGCCGGACAGGGUACCGGCGGUGCCCAGUAA